CCGGGGCCUUCCUCGCCGCCGCUUCCCGCUUCUUCGCCGGGGCCGCCGAGCCGGAGCCGCCGAAUUUGCUGGCAGUGACGGUUGUAAGGCCGGCCUGAUGGAGAGCACGGCGCUGGAAAGUUUAAUUGAGAUGGGCUUCCCGCAGAGCCGAGCAGAGAAGGCCCUGGCGCUGACCGGGAACCAAGGGAUUGAACAGGCCAUGGAUUGGUUGGUGGAACAUGAGAACGACCCCAGUCUGGACGAUCCCUACGUGGCCCCGCAAGGCCCCGCUCUGGGCGCCGAGGAAACCCCUGAAGGAACGACGCCGGAUUCGGUGGAGGGUGGAUCAGGUGAGCUGGCUGAAGGAGAGACGCAGCAUCCCCUGACGGAGGAGGAGAAGCAGGAACAGACAAAAAGGAUGAUGGAGCUGAUUUCCCAGAAGCAGAAGGAGCGGGAAGAGCGGGAGAAGCGGGAGAGCAUCGAGCGGGAGAAGCAGCGCCGGAAACAAGGCCAGGAGCUGCUCCUCCUCCGCCAGAAGCUGCAGGAGGACGAGAUGAAGAAGCUGGCCGAGGAGCGCCGGAGGGAGAAGCUGGAGGAGAAGCUGGCCAAGCAGCGAGUGCGAGAGAAGAUUGAACGGGACAAAGCGGAGAGAGCCAAGAAGUUUGGCUGCAGCAGCGCCACCCAGGCCUCCGCCCUGCCCGAGCAGGUGGACCCCGUGCUCAUCUCCUCCCCCAGCCAGGAGCCCCCCGUCAAGCGGGAAUACGAUCAGUGCAAGAUCCAGGUGAGACUCCUGGAUGGCACCUCCCUGACCCACACCUUCAAAGCCAAGGAACAGCUGGCAGCCGUACGGCUUUACGUGGAGCUGAACCGCCAAGACGGCGGGGAAGACCCCUUUCACCUCCUGACGAGUUUUCCCCGGCGGGUCUUCACCGAGGACGACAUGGAGAAGCCCCUGCAGGAGCUGGGUGAGUUUGGGCUCCGAGCCGAGCCGGAGGCAUCCCAGGCUUUGCCUCAAGAGCCUUCGCAGGCAGGACCCCCAAGCAUUAAAUAG